UCUCUAUUAGUUUAAAUGGAAAAUAAACGAAUAAACGUCAAAAGAGCAAAAACGACAUCGUUCGGUUUGUGUUCCAUUAGUUUUUGCUUCUCAGAAGGACGGUCUAUCGCCGCAGAGAGAAAGAGAGAGUGAUUGAGAUGGUGCGAGGAGAGGCAGUGAGCGCGUAUAGAGCGCUACUAAGAGCGAGUCGGAAAUCGUUCGCCGGCGAUUCACUGAUGCUAAGGGCGUCGGCGGCCGAGAUCCGUAAGAAAUUUGAGGAGAAUCGGAACGUGACCUCAGAGGAGGAGAUCCAGAGACACCUGGAAGAGGCACGUGAGGCCUCUCACUUCAUCACUAACAUGGUAGUCCAGGCCAAGCUCAACUCUCGCGGCGGUUAUGAAGUGAAGCCCAGUAAAGAACAUGCAGGAGCAACACUUGAGAUUCCCUCUGAAGAAAUUCUUCGCAAGUCUGUAUGAAAAUGAUGUUUCGGACAUCAUUCUCUGGCUAUUUUUAUUGGAUUGCCGCUAAUGGAACCUUCAAUUUUCUGUUCCGAGUAAACAAAAUUUACGCUUCUCUAUAUUUAAUAAGUCUUUUUUUCGUUUUCUGUUUUGUACUCCAUUUGCUUGCCUAGACUGUUACAAUGUAGUUGGGAAACAUUAUCGAUUGCCUGUUGGAAUUUUCAGAAGCUAGCAGUCUGCUUUACGAAUGUUAUAUAGGACAAAUUAUUUGGACAAGGACCUGUUUGGUCGUGUAAUUCAAAAACAAAGUUUUAUGUUU